AUGAAAAUGCUGUGGAUGCAGAAUGAGGGUUACGUGACACGCCCGCGUCUGGAGCUGGUGGAGCCAUUGGCUGUGGGCGACCAUGUCUGGAUCUACGGCAUGACGGCGCAUGAAUUACUCUUUGAUGAGGAGAAGGCACCAGAGCCGUUGAUGGUCCUGACCGGCAUCCGCGCCAAGGUGCACACCCUGACUCGGGAGCACUUCUUCCUCGACACUACCUCCCUGGAGGGGGCGGAGAAGGGCCGCAUCGGCAUGGGGAUUUGCGGCUCCGUUGUGAUGCGGAAUAGGCGCUGUGUGGGCAUGCUGACAGCGACGGUGCACGAGGAGAGCAAGUGCACGGAGUUGGCCGGCACCGCCAUGUGUACGUACACCUCUGACAUCUUUGACUUUCUGCUGGAGGUGGAGCGACAGAUGAAGGUGGUCGCCCCAAAUCUGAACCGCGAGGAAACAGUCUUUCAGCAGCAGCGCCGCGAGGAGGGGUGCGCGCCACCGGACUGCAAGAUCUGGGAGCUGGACCACUUGCGGCUGGCGCGCCGCAUCCCUGCCCACGUGUCGAUGUGGCACAUGGAGGAGAAGUGGGUGACGGAGGAGGACUACAUGACGGGCAGCGUCUACGGCCGCACGAGCCAGUGA